AUGGAUUGGAUAUACGACUAUGUUGAUCAGACCGAUCUCUUCGUGCUCUCCCUGCUGGCCGUGAUCGGGGCUUAUGUAUAUUGGAACUACUACAGGACAGAAUCUUCUCAAUCUAUCAACUUUCAACCUUCAGCUUCUAAAUCUGUCAAUGUUCAGCCCAAAGUGGAUCGGUCUUUCUUGGGGAGGAUGAAGUCGGAGAACAGGCAGGUCCUCAUUCUGUUUGGCUCUCAAACUGGCACAGCUGAAGAGUUGGCCGGUCGAUUGGCCAAGGAUUUCAGCCGAUAUGGAAAGAAGGCCCUGGUUAUGGAUCCUGAAGAGAUCGAACCCGAAGAACUACCUAAAAUCACUCGUAAGUAGCAGUAACUCUUUUAUAUUGACGUAAUUUCAUGUAUGAAACAAUGCUUUAAAAACAUACAAAAUUAAUGUUAUCAAUUUGAAAAUAUAGUUAUGUAUUUCAGAAAUCGAAAAUGCUUUACUUGUGAUGUGUAUGGCCACUUAUGGCGAAGGUGACCCGACUGAUAACGCUCAAGGAUUAUUCGAAUUUAUUAACAAUAACGAAGCUGACUUUUCUGGACUACACUAUGCCGUAUUUGGAUUGGGAAACAAAACAUACGAACACUACAACGAGGCCGGUAUUAUCAUUGACAAACGUUUUGAUGAACUUGGAGCUACUCGCGUCUUCCAACUUGGUUUAGGAGAUGACGAUUCUAACUUGGAAGAAGACUUUAUGAGGUAAUUGAUAAUUCUAGUAAUUUUGUGAAGCUUUAAAGGCUUCGCAUUAUAUAUUGUGGCAUUUUUUGAUGGUAAACUUACAUUACUUUGUUUUAGAUGGAGAGAAGCUUUCUUGCCCAAGGUUGCCGAGAAGUUUGGCUGGGAACUGAACCAAAACGACGGUCUUGACCGUCAGUACCGCCUUGAAGUCAUGGAACAAGCACCACCUGCCAUCUUCACUGGAGAGUACGGUAGAAUUGGAGCGUACGAGAAACAAAGAGCGUAAGUUUUCAACACAAUAAUGUUAAGAUUACAACAAUGGUUACCGAGAAAAGAGUUAAUGACGUUACUUUACAGACCCUUCGACCAGAAGAACCCCUUCUUGUCGGAAAUCGUGGAGAAGAAGGAGCUCCAUUCGUCUAACAGCGACCGGUCGUGUCUUCACGUCGAGUUCCAAAUCGACUCAAGUCGUAUUAGAUAUGAGGCCGGAGAUCACUUGGGAGUGUUCCCUACCAAUGACACUGUUUUGGUCGACAAGAUUGGCAGUUUGUUGGACGUGAACCUCGACACCACCUUCAAACUUAUUAAUGUUGACAGUAAGUAUAACAUUCAAAGCUGUUUACAUGAUCUCUAUUAUUAUUCGAUAUCUUUAGAUAGCAAAAACUUUAGUGUGUUAAAUAAUUUCUAAUAUGAUUUCUUUCAGCUGAUGCUUCCAAACGUCAUCCUUUCCCAUGUCCCACAACGUACCGUACAGCUCUUACUCACUACGUAGAUAUCGUCGCUCCAGUAAAGUCUCACGUUUUGAGAGCAUUUGCUGAGUUUACUACAGAUCCUGCUGAGAAAGAACGCCUAAUUCUCUUGAGUACGGCUUCAGAUGAAGGGCUGGUACGUUUUUAACCUUUAUCAAUUUAUUUACAAAACAAUUUAUAUUUUAAUACAUUAACGUAGUCAUGUAAUUUACUUAUGAUUUUAGAAAGAGUAUGCUCAAUUUGUCUUGAAAGAACGCCGCAGUGUUGUGGAUAUUCUUCAUGAGUUCGAGACCUGUAAACCUCCUAUGGAAGUGGUACUUGAAUUGAUGCCUCGCCUCCAAGCUAGAUAUUAUAGUAUCUCGUCGUCGCCCAAGAUUGAUGCCAAUAUUGUUUCAAUCACGGCGGUCGUCUUGAAGUACGACAUUGAUGGACGUGAGAUUAAGGGAGUGUGCACUAAUUAUCUGGCCGACAAGAAGGUCGGAGAAUCUGCCCCAAUCUUCGUACGCAAGUCUACUAUGAGGUUGCCUCAUCGACCAGCUAUCCCAGUUGUUAUGAUUGGUCCCGGUACUGGCUUUGCUCCGUUCAGAGGAUUUAUCCAGGAACGAAGUGCUCUGAAGGCGCAAGGAAAGGAUAUUGGAGAGAUGUUACUCUUCUUCGGAUGUCGUCAUCCAGACCACGAUCAUAUCUACAAGGACGAGGUUGAUGACUUUGUGAAGGAAGGCGUGGUUAACAGAGCACACGUUGCGUACUCCAGACUGAAGGAUGAAAAGGUCUACGUACAACACUUGAUUUGGGCCGAAAGGGAACACAUCUGGUCGAUUUUACAGAGAAGUGGAAACAUCUACGUUUGUGGGUAUGUCACUUUGCUUUGUUAAAUUGUGGGUAAAAGAUAAUGGUUUUUGUGUUAUAGACAAAAUUUAUUUUAUGCUUUAAAUGUUAAGUGAUUGAGGUAUUUAUUGUCUUUUUUCAGUGAUGCUCGUAACAUGGCCAGAGAUGUUCACAACACGUUGUUGCGAGUGUUCUGUGAGGUCGGUCAGUUGACGGAAGACGAGGCUCAGAAGUUCUUCAAAGACAUGGAAAGAAAACGGAAUUAUCAGGCCGAUGUGUGGUCGUAA